GUCGCCUGCGGGAUGGAAGUAGGUCAUAACGAAUAUAUAUUAUUACUGGUAUAGCGAGCGCCGUCCAUAUUGGCCUGAUCAUGCAUGUGCUUUUCUGCCUUCUUCAUGUCCAGUGCCUUUUUGUGGAUUUCAGCAGAAGCCAGUGCUGUGAGGAGACGGCUGCUAUCUGAGACAAGCAUCGUGGCAGACAGCCUCCAGAGAUGGUGAAGGAAGAGCAGCCCUCGUCAACCUCUGUGAUGAUCUAAUGGCAGACCAAAGAAUGGACAUCUCCUCCACGAUGAAUGACCUUAUGUUGCCCAGUUCUAGUGACAUGAUUAGGAACUCCAUGGCGACACCGGGCAUGGAGUAUACUCGCAAGAGAAAGGGCAGCAUCACAGACUACGAAAUCGAUGGAUUAUCUUUUGAAUCUGAGGCUUCAUGGAUGAGAUUCCUCAUCCCAAGCUCACAGCACAUACAGUCCCCUGAGAGUGAACGAGACAGUAUGGACACAGAUAAGGACAGGAAUGAACUUGGAAGGGACUGUGUUGAUCAGCAGGGUCGGAUUAAGAAUGCAAGGGAGGCUCACAGCCAGAUAGAGAAGAGACGCAGAGACAAGAUGAACAGCUUCAUCGAUGAGCUGGCUUCAUUAGUGCCUACCUGCAAUGCCAUGUCCUGCAAGCUAGACAAACUCACUGUGCUGCGCAUGGCGGUUCAGCAUAUGAAAACACUACGAGGUGCUGCAAACCCUUAUACUGAAGCUAACUACAAACCAGCCUUCUUGUCAGAUGAUGAGCUAAAGCACUUAAUAUUAAGGGCUGCUGAUGGUUUUCUUUUCGUUGUUGGCUGUGAUCGGGGGAAGCUCCUUUUCGUGUCCGAGUCUGUCUACAAAUUUCUUAAUUACAGCCAGAAUGAUCUGAUUGGCCAGAGUUUGUUUGAUUAUUUGCACCCCAAAGACAUAGCAAAAGUCAAGGAGCAGCUCUCCUCAUCUGACACAGCACCAAGAGAGAGACUCAUCGAUGCUAAAACCGGGCUGGCAGUUAGGACUGACAUCACCCCUGGUCCCUCCAGACUCUGCUUCGGGGCCAGACGCUCCUUUUUCUGCCGAAUGAAGUGCAACAGACCCCUUGUCAAAAUGGAGGACAAAGACUUUCCCUCUACUUGCUCCAAAAAGAAAGCCGAUCGCAAGAGCUUUUGCACGAUCCACAGCACUGGCUAUCUAAAGAGCUGGCCGCCCCCUAAAAUGGGCUUAGAUGAAGACAACGAGCCUGAUAAUGAAGGCUGUAAUCUCAGUUGCUUGGUGGCCAUUGGUCGAUUGCAUCCUCAUAUUGUCCCUCAACCCAUUAACGGAGAUAUCAGGGUGAAGCCUACUGAGUAUGUCUCACGCCAUGCCAUUGAUGGGAAGUUUGUCUAUGUGGACCAAAGGUCCACUGCCAUUCUUGCUUAUCUACCUCAAGAGCUGCUAGGCACCUCUUUCUAUGAGUAUUUCCAUCAGGAUGAUAUUGGACAUCUUGCUGAAUGCCAUAGACAGGUACUAAAGAUGAGAGAGAAGAUCAACACUAACUGUUACAAGUUCAAGAUUAAAGACGGCUCUUUUAUAACUUUAAGAAGUCGCUGGUUCAGUUUCAUGAACCCUUGGACCAAAGAAGUAGAGUACAUUGUCUCCACUAAUACAGUUGUCUCGGGCAGUUUGCUUGAUGGGGCAGAUCCCAGAUAUUCUCAACUCACUUCCUCCCCCCAGAGUAUGGACAGUGUCCUUACAGCUGGUGACAGCUCAGGAAAGCGUGCUAUCCAGACUGUGCCUGGAAUCCCUGGAGGCACAAGACCCGGAGCAGGAAAGAUCGGCCGCAUGAUCGCUGAGGAGGUGAUGGAGAUCCAAAAGAUAAGAGGCUCAUCCCCUUCUAGUUGUGGCUCAAGUCCCAUCAACAUCACCAACAGUACACCUCCUCUGGACACAUUCUCCCCUGAGGGCAGGAAGAUUCCAAAUGGUGGAACUCCAGGCAUUCCUUCUGCAGGGAUGGUGUCCAAUCAGGACAACAUAGGAUACCCUUAUUCCAACAGCUCUGUUUUAAGUGAGAAUUUACACAUUGGUAUUGGUGACAUCAUGGAUGAACACGGCUCCAGCAGCCCCAGUAAUGAUGAGGCUGCCAUGGCGAUCAUCAUGAGCCUGCUGGAAGCGGAUGCAGGUCUGGGAGGUCCAGUGGACUUCAGUGACUUGCCCUGGCCACUGUGAUAGUCCUUGGUCAUACUGCAUCUGAGCGAGAACUUCAGUGUGAUGUGUACAACCUGUCACUCUGUGUCCUAACCAGGCACAAUUUGAUGAAACGAUGAGCCUUGAAUCCUAUCUUGUCCUUGAUAAUCUGAGUUGUUCUCAUAAUUUGCCAUUACAUGCAACAAGACAUUUUGUUGGUUGCUUGGCUUCUGCUUCUGUCGCAUUGUGCACAGUGAAACCUCGUUGGUACAAAUUCCUGCUCCACAGCGUCUUGCUCGCUUCAAGCAGUAUGUUACUUUUAGUGAACACUGAAAAUUACUCGAUGCUGUCAACUUGCAUGGUUAGGAUAUGUGACAGACUGCUCAACGACAAUGCCAACAACAUGCCAUUAUCAGUACUGUUAUGAUUAAAGCUGAAGUGUGUAAUUUACUGUAUGUGCUAUUAUUGUCACCAAACGGAAUGGCAAAAAUCAUGAUGGUUCCAAAAAAGGUUUCCCGAACACUCCACAUCAAACCCUCAAAGCCGACCAUUUUUUGAGCAAACAUUGCUGUGUUGGGCUAGUUGACAAACAAACAUAGCACCUACAAAUGUCUAACUUACAAUUGUCUCUAGAUAUAAAGCUGGGAUAAAGUUUCAACAAAAAGAAAUUUUAACAAAAAUAAAAAAUACACACUCCUGCUUUAAGGAUGUUGUUUUAACAUGUAGAAUAGAGCUCUUAAUGUCAAUUCCACAAUCAAACAAAAUAACUUGUUUGGUCAUGGAGAUAUUUUCUAUG